AUGACAAGCAAGGAUGCUCAAGGCCAUAAUACCGAUGAGGGUAACAAAUUAGAGGACAUGACGAGUCAAUUCGUACACAGAGUAGAUGAUGAUCCAAAUGUGAUGGAAGAAUUGUUGAGUGAUUCUGAGAAUCCUUUAUAUGAAGGGUGUAAGUACGCAAAGCUAUCAGCUUCACUUAAGUUAUACAAUUUGAAGGUGGGUCAUAGUUGGACAGAUAAGAGUUUUACAGCAUUACUUGAGUUCUUGAUAGAUGUCCUUCCAUUUGAUAAUGUUUUGCCAAAGAAUACAUACAGGGCAAAAAAAACAUUAUGCACAAUGGCAAAGAGUUGCCCAGAGUGUAAUCUCUCAAGGUAUAAGAAAAAGGAAGGAGUGCCAGCUAAGGUUUUGUGGUAUUUUCCAAUUAUUCCUAGGUUUAAACGGAUGUAUUCAGACCCGGUAGAUGCAGAGAAGUUGACAUGGCAUAAAUUCGGCCGGAAAAAGGAUGGGUUACUUAGACACCCGGCUGACUCACCGCAAUGGAGAUUUAUUGAUGGACAAUUCCCUGAUUUUGGUAGUGAAGAACAAAACCUACGCCUUGGGUUGUCUACUGAUGGUAUUAAUCCAUAUAGUUCCCUUAGUAGCAUCCGUAGUACAUGGCCGGUCAUGCUAGUGGCUUAUAACUUACCUCCUUCGUUAUGCAUGAAAAGAAAGUACAUUAUGUUGUCAAUGCUUAUUUCUGGACCUAAACAACCAGGAAAUGACAUCGAUGUGUAUUUGGCACCUCUCAUUGAUGACUUAAAGUUGUUGUGGGAAGAAGGUGUAGAAGUGUUUGAUGCUAAUCGGAAUGAAAUUUUCAAUUUAAGAGCAAUGUUAUUUUGCACCAUACAAGAUUAUCCAGCAUAUGGUAAUAUUUCUGGCUAUUCUGUAAAAGGGGAAGGUGGUUGUCCUAUAUGUGAAGAUGGUUGGAAAGGCAAAUGGUUCUCGGCAUCUAGAAAGACGGUCUACUAUGAUCAUCGUCCAUUUCUUCCUUUGGAUCAUAAGUAUCGUCGAAUGAAGAAAGCUUUUAAUGGGGAACACAAUUUUGAAAGUCGCCCAAAAGUCUUUACUAGCCAAGAAGUAUUUGAAAAGGUGAAAGACAUUCAACUUACUUUUGGCAAGUUAAAGAAAAAUAAAGAUGCCAUUCCUAAGAAAGGGUACAAGAAGUGUUGUGAUUUUUGGCGUCUUCCUUAUUGGAGAUUUCUCUUUGUCCGACAUUCUCUAGAUAUUAUGCAUAUCGAAAAGAAUGUGUUUGAUAGUUUGAUUGGCACACUAUUGAAUAUCUCAGGGAAGACAAAAGACGGUGUUAAUGCUCGACUUGACUUGAAGGAAAUGAAUAUGAGAAAUGAGCUCCAUGCCGUUGAGACUGGAAAACAGGACUAUUUGCCACCUGCUGCUUAUACACUGUCUAAGAAUGAGAAAGUUGAGCUUUGUGCAUCCUUAGCCGGAGGUGCCUGA